AACACCAUCACCACAACCCGGAAGCGCUUCCCCCCCCCCCCCUUUCCGUUGUCCGCCAUGACGCGGCACGGCAAGAACUGCACGGCCGGAGCCGUUUACACCUACCACGAGAAGCGGAAGGACACGGGUGGGUAUUUAAUGGCGGAUAAGGGGGGGUUGUGGGGGGACGGAAAUGGUGUAGCUCGGGCUUUAACGCCUAAACGUGAGGCCUCCGUUUCCGGUUCCCACUUCCGGUCGGACCUAAACGGAUAUGGGGCAGUUAUAGGGGGACCUAUAGAUCCCUAUGGGUUUCUAUGGGUCCCUAUGGGUGUCUAUGGGGUCUCUAUGGGUCCCUAUAGUAUCACCAUUGAUCUCUAUGGGACUCUGUGGGUCCCUAUGGGUCUCUAUGGGGUCUCUAUGGGUCCCUAUGGGUUUCUAUGGGUCCCUAUGGGUUUCUAUGUGUCCCUUUGGGGUCCCUAUGGGUCCCUGUGGGUUUCUAUGGGUCCCUAUGGGUUUCUAUGGGUUCCUAUGGGGCGCAGUGGGGCUGAAGCUCUGUGCCCCAUAGCUGAGGCGACCCCCGGCACCUCGGGGACCCUCCCCAGUUUUUGGAUCCCAUCUCUGACCCCCGAGGCCGGAGCUGAACGGCUGCGGAAACCGGACACUUCCGUCCGCUGUCCAAUGAGCGGCCGCCGUCUCCGUGCGUCUGAUUUGGUUCCGGUUCAUUUCACGCCGGAAGUUCCGGGUUUGGAGCGACUCCAACUGCUGGGACGGCGCCAUCGAUUCGUCUGCGCUGUGUCACGUGACGCCCUCAGCAACGCAACGCCAUGCGCUGUCAUACGGCCCUCGGGCGCGGUGGUAACGAUGCAGUGCGUGGAGCGGCUCAUUAGGAAGGAAAUGAGGGACCCCAUCAGUGGGGAAACGCUGAGCGACGACGACAUCAUCCCACUGCAGAGGGGUGGCACCGGCUUUGCGGCGUGCAGGGACCCCCAAUUGGAACUGCACAGAAAAUCUCCGCGCCAGUCAUGCUAG